UGCACCACAGAGAGGCACGCACCCUUCUGGACAGAAACGUGCAGCUAACCCUGGUAGCUACUGCUGCAUGCUAGCUAGCUAGCCUGGCAGGAGAUCAGCAAUACGAUAAUGGAGCUGCUGCUCUUGCUCACGCUGCUCCUCCUCGCACACGCCGUGGCCUACCUGGCGUGGGCGGCGGCCGCCCGGCGCCGGCAGUCACGCUGCUACCUCAUCGACUACGUGUGCCACAAGCCGUCCGACGACCGCAAGGUGAGCACGGAGUUCGCGGGCGAGCUGAUCCAGCGGAACACGCGGCUGGGCCUGGCCGAGUACCGCUUCCUGCUGCGCGUCAUCGUCGGCUCCGGCAUCGGCGAGGACACCUACUGCCCCUACAACAUCCUCGAGUCACGCGAGGACACGCCCACCCACGAGGACGCCCUGGGCGAGAUGGACGCCUUCGUGGACGCCACCAUCGCCGAUCUCUUCGCCAAGACCGGGUUCCGUGCCCUCGACGUGGACGUCCUCGUCGUCAACAUCUCCAUGUUCUCCCCGGCGCCGUCCGUCGCGUCCCGGAUCGUGGGCCGGUUCGGGCUGCGCGAGAACGUGGCGGCCUACAACCUGUCCGGGAUGGGCUGCAGCGCGGGCCUGAUCUCGCUGGACCUGGCCCGCAACGCGCUGCGGACGCGGCCAAACUCCGUGGCGCUCGUCGUGUCGACGGAGUCCAUCGCGCCCAACUGGUACUCGGGCAACGACAAGUCCAUGAUGCUGGGAAACUGCCUCUUCCGCUGCGGGGGAUCCGCCGUGCUGCUCACCAACGACCCGGCCAAGGCCCAGGGGCAUGGCUGCAAGAUGGAGCUCCGCUGCCUGGUGCGCGCCAACAUCGCGGCAAACGACGACGCGCACGCGUGCGCGCUGCAGCGGGAGGACGCCGAGGGCCGCGUCGGGAUCAGCCUGAGCAAGGCGCUGCCCAAGGCCGCCGUCGGGGCCUUCACCGUGAACCUCAAGACGCUCGCCCCGCGCAUCCUCCCGGUCUCCGAGCUCGCCCGCUUCGCGUUCCACCUCUUCUCCAGAAAGCUCCUGUCCUCCCGUGCCAACAAGGACAGCGACAACAAGACGAACAACAACGGGGCGCCCAAGAUCAACUUCAAGACGGGCGUGGAGCACUUCUGCCUGCACCCGGGCGGCACGGCGGUCAUCGAGGCCGUGAAGCGCAGCCUGGGCCUCGACGACGGGGACGUGGAGCCGGCCCGGAUGACGCUGCACCGGUGGGGGAACACGUCGGCCAGCAGCCUCUGGUACGUGCUCUCCUACAUGGAGGCCAAGGGGAGGCUCAGGAGAGGGGACAGGGUGCUCAUGGUCACCUUCGGCUCCGGCUUCAAGUGCAACAGCUGCAUGUGGGAGGUCAAGGCCGACAUGGCAGACAAGGGCGCGUGGGCCGACUGCAUCGGCGACUACCCGCUCGCCAGCACCGCCAACCCUUACAUGGACAAGUAUGGAUGGCUCAAUGCCGUCGAAGGAGACACCAUGGUGUUUUAAUUAAUCCUGCUAGCUACAGCACAUCACUGCAUGCAUGCAUGCAUGCACGCCGUCGAUCGGUCGUUACUUGAUUUGGGAGGGGUGAAGGUGCUAUAUACUUAUAUAAAUUAAUUGGUUGGGUGUGGGAGGGAGCUAGCUGUACGUUUAAGAUGAAGGUACCUGCAGAGAUAUGUUUGUCUGGAAUUCAUCAGUCGUGAGCUAGCAGCAUGCAUGCAGCUUGUUGACCAGGCAGGCUGCAUGUCCGUACGUAACUACGUACGUGCAUGUUUCAGUUAUGCGUAAGCGACUUUUAAUCAUCGUCUAAUCAUGCAUGUCCGUGUGUUCCCUCGCUAUAUGUUAUAUGUAUAGCUAGCGCGCACUAGUACAUACUGUAGUUUGCUUAUUUCAUCCAGUACAUAGAUAUGAUUGCUAUAUGUUAUAUAAGGUACUGAAGAAUGAAGAUAAAUAUACAUAUACAGAGCUUCAUUAGACUCGUCA